AUGGCGGGCCCCUCAGAGGCUCGCACCGCGGCUACGGCUGCCGGACACGGCUCCGCAGGUAGCUCUCUCUUCGAGAAGAUCAUCACCGACAUCCCGACGCUCCUGGAGCGCGUUCCAUCUCACGACGUGCACAGGGUCGCGGCGACCUCGUGGACCGCGCUGUGUGCCGUGCUGCGGCACACGACGUUCGAGGUGCGCGUCCGCGGCGACAUCCUCGGAGACAACGACGAGAGCUUCCUCGACUCCCUCGCCGCGCGGAUCAGGCAGUGGGACGUUCCGUUCUCGGGCAACAUCUACGUCCGCGGGCCCGUCAACGCCCUGAUGUCCGUGGACGACGCCUGCGCCGUCGCAGACGUCCUCGGCGAGCUGCAGAUCAACGCGGUCCGUCGCGGUCCGGCGCGCCGCACCAAAACAGCCGCCGUCGUCGUCGCAGGCCUCCCCGUUUUGCAGCAGGUCCUGAAACGGCUCGCCGGGAGGCGCCACGUGCGCGUCCUCGCGAUCAGCGAGGCGCGCGGCCCGCGGCCCGACGGCUCCAACCCCGCGCCUCCGGCCCCCCCUCCGCCGGACUCGUUCUACGGCAAGGACCUGGCGGCGUUGCUGUGUAGCGCGGAGCUCAGUACAAACCUCACCGCGAUCGAGCUGGACGGCGUGCCGCUCGCGCCGCUGGCGAUCCAGAUGCUGGGGUGCACGCCGAACGUCGAGGUUCUCAGGCUCGACCGCUGCGGCGUCGGGCCGGGGCAGCCCGUGCGGGACCUGGUGUGUGUGCUGUGUCGCUUGGAGGGACUGCGCGUGCUGAGCCUGCAGGGCAACGGCCUGGGCGACGCCGGCGUGGCGGUGCUCGCGGCGGGCCUGCCGAAGUCCACGCGCAUCACGGACCUCGACCUGGCGUCCAACGGGAUCGGCGGCGACGGCGUCGAGGCGGUGUGCGCCAUGCUGUGGAAGCAAGAGAGCCUUCUGCGGCUCUCCCUGGCGGACAACUCACUGCAGCGGGACUUCGCGGAGAUAGGCUACGGCGAGUACCUCGGGGACCACUUGUCGGAGGCGCUCACGUUCAACAAGGUGCUGCGGGAGCUCAACCUGCAACACACAGACAUCCUGGAGGAGGAUCUGGACCGGCUGAUCGGCCCGGAGCUGACCCUGGACGUCCUGGACAUACGGAACUGCGAGCGUCUGUUCUUUUCCGGGGGCGUGUGCUCGUUCACCAAGAAUAAGGAGGGGUCGGGGGGGUGA